AAAGUUCAGCCCCGCCCCUCUUCCCCCUCGCUGUCUUCCUCGGCCUGCGCUGCCGCCGACGCCGCUGUGGGCCUGGCUGCGCUCCGUCCGCUCCGUCGCCUUCUUCCCUAAGCGCUGCCAGGCCGGCCGCCAUGGCAAACGUGGCCGACACCAAGCUAUACGACAUCCUGGGCGUCCCGCCCGGCGCCAGCGAGAACGAGCUGAAGAAGGCAUACAGAAAGUUAGCCAAGGAAUACCAUCCUGAUAAGAAUCCAAAUGCUGGUGACAAAUUCAAAGAAAUCAGUUUUGCAUAUGAAGUACUGUCAAAUCCUGAGAAGCGUGAAUUAUAUGACAGAUAUGGAGAACAAGGUCUUCGGGAAGGUAGCGGUGGAGGUGGUGGCAUGGAUGAUAUUUUCUCUCACAUUUUUGGUGGGGGAUUGUUCGGCUUCAUGGGCAAUCAGAGUAGAAGUCGAAAUGGCAGAAGAAGAGGAGAAGACAUGAUGCAUCCACUUAAAGUGUCUUUAGAAGAUCUGUAUAAUGGCAAGACAACCAAACUACAACUUAGCAAGAAUGUACUCUGUAGUGCAUGCAGUGGCCAAGGUGGAAAGUCUGGAGCUGUUCAGAAGUGUAGUGCUUGUCGGGGUCGAGGUGUACGCAUCAUGAUCAGACAGCUGGCUCCAGGAAUGGUACAACAGAUGCAGUCUGUGUGUUCUGACUGUAAUGGAGAAGGAGAGGUAAUUAAUGAAAAGGACCGCUGUAAAAAAUGUGAGGGGAAGAAGGUAAUUAAAGAAGUCAAGAUUCUUGAAGUCCACGUAGACAAAGGCAUGAAACAUGGACAGAGAAUUACAUUCACUGGGGAAGCAGAUCAGGCCCCAGGAGUGGAACCAGGAGACAUUGUUCUUUUGCUACAAGAGAAGGAACAUGAGGUGUUCCAGAGAGAUGGGAAUGACUUGCACAUGACAUAUAAGAUAGGACUUGUUGAAGCUCUAUGUGGAUUUCAGUUCACAUUUAAGCACCUUGAUGGACGUCAGAUUGUGGUGAAAUACCCCCCCGGAAAAGUAAUUGAACCAGGAUGUGUCCGUGUAGUUCGAGGGGAAGGAAUGCCACAGUAUCGUAAUCCCUUUGAAAAAGGUGAUCUCUACAUAAAGUUUGAUGUGCAGUUUCCUGAAAACAACUGGAUCAACCCAGACAAGCUUUCUGAGCUAGAAGAUCUUCUGCCAUCUAGACCAGAAGUUCCAAACAUAAUUGGAGACACAGAGGAGGUAGAGCUUCAAGAAUUUGAUAGCACUCGGGGCUCGGGAGGUGGUCAGAGGCGUGAAGCCUAUAACGAUAGCUCUGAUGAAGAAAGCAGCAGCCAUCAUGGGCCAGGAGUUCAAUGUGCCCAUCAGUAAACUCUGCAGACAGAUUGCACAGGUGGAUUUUCUUUCCACGUUUGCCCGGUUUGCUUUCAGCGAUCCAGCUGGAGUGUCUGGUCAGUCCAGAUGAACUGAUGGACAUCUGUUGGUCUAUGUGUAACUUUUAAAAUUGGUAUAGUAUCUACAGAGUGUAUAAUUUAAACUAACCACAAAGCUUUACAUCUUCAUUUUGACUGUUCUGUAGCAGAAUAAAGCACUUGAAAGGAAACAAGACUCCCUUUCACACAUGGGUUAUAAGUUUCAGUCCUGGUAUCUGUGCUUGAUUUUUAUCAGUUUUGUGUAGAUUUUAUGUUUCAUAUUUUAAAUCCAAAUCCCACAUUGUAAAGUUUGUGUACAAUUUGUCCUGAAGCUUUGUGUUUGGCUGCACCUGCGUAAGCUGCUACAAAUAGAAUAAAGAAUUUCAUAGCCUGUAUCUAUCAUUUAGAUGCAUGGAAAAAUGGGCUUUGCACACAAUGGGUUUGGAGCUGACUGGGAACAAUGGAAAAAAAAAACAUUAGCUGUGGUUGUAAAGUCCUCCCCCCCUUUUUUUUUACCAUCUUGUGAAAGGUUUCUGAAACUCGAUAAUAAAAAGCAGUUGGUAUAAAUUA